AUGAAUAACAGCGGUGGUAAAAAUAAUGGUAGUGUUAAAACUAAUAAUCAAGCAAUAAAUAACAAUUCACGUCGAACUACUCCUGCCUCAAAAAAAUCUAUAAGUUUGGGACCACCACCAAAACCUUCCCGUACAAUAACAAACAAUAACAACAAUAAUCAAUCACAAAAUCAACCCACAAUAUCUCGUAGUCCUUCUGCUGGCAGUGUUUUGACGAAAAAUAGUUCCACGUCUGAUUCUAGUAAUUCUACAAAAUAUUCACAGCCUGCUUAUGGCUCUAUUAAAGGAGCACAAGCCAUCAAUGUACCUGGCGAGCCUAUUCAACCAGUUAAUAGUAAUGAAAAAGAUGGUAAUAAUAAAUCUUUUAAGGGUGUCUUUAAUAAUAUUGUUAGCUCAAUGUCAGAUCUUUUAACAUCACAAAAAAGAGUAGAAAUUUCGUCGCCUUAUGAUCCAGUUCAUCUAACUCAUGUUGGUUUUAAUCAAGAAACUGGUGAAUUUACUGUAAGUCGUCCCCAUUAA